AUCUUUACCUGUGAGUAGGAGUUGUUUUUAUCAGACCGUAGGUUUCGAUAAUUCUAUUAAGAACUGUUACAAGUUUCUAAUUAUGAUAGGGAUGGCUACAUCCACGUUCUUUUAAUCAUAUUAAAAACCGUUGGUGUAUAAUAUAUAUUGGAGUAACUUUCAAUUGGCCCUGAGAAUAGUUGGUUCUCAUAACUAGCAUGUCACAUCACAGUGAUGAUACUAUGCUAAUGGCAACCAGUGAUAGUUUCUGGGAACCUGGAAAUUACAAAAGAACUACUAAGCGUAUUGAAGAUGGUUAUAAACUUUGUACAGACCUCGUCACACUAAUUCAGGAAAGAGGAGAAAUUGAGAAGGCUUACGCCAAAAGUCUUAGAGGAUGGUCUCGUAAAUGGAAUGAUCUUAUUGAAAAAGGCCCAGAGUAUGGGACAACUGAAGCUGCCUGGAAAGGUGUUUUAAUUGAAGCUGAUAGGCUAUGUGACUUGCAUUUAAGAGUUAAAGAUGAUCUUACAAAUGUUGUAAUGCAGAGUGUGAAAACAUGGCAAAAAGACACUUACCAUAAAUCGAUGAUGCAAAUUAAAGAAAGAAAGGAAAUUGAAGAUGCCUUUAAAAAAGCCCAAAAACCUUGGGCAAAACUCUUAGCUAAAGUUAAUAAAGCAAAAAGUGAUUACCAUAGUGCUUGUAAGACAGAAAAAUCUGCUUCAAACCAAGAGAGAAAUGCUAGUGGUGAUAGUUCUAUAUCACCGGAUCAGGUAAAAAAAAUGCAAGAUAGAGUUGCAAAAACUAAAGAUGAUGUUCAGAGAUGUAAAGAAAAGUAUGAAGUUGCCUUGCAGGAAUUAAACAGUUAUAAUCCAAAAUAUAUGGAAGAUAUGACAGUGGUUUUUGAAAAGUGCCAAACUCUUGAAGCUCAACGCCUUCAAUUUUUUAAAGAAACUUUAUUUUCAUUACAUAAAUAUUUAAAUAUAUCUCAAGAUCCCCAGCUUCCACAAAUAUAUGAAGAGUUUUAUCAUACCAUAAAUAAUGCUGACCAUGAGAAGGAUUUAAAAUGGUGGUCAAAUAACCAUGGUGUCAAUAUGGCUAUGAAUUGGCCUCAAUUUGAGGAUUAUACUGAAGAAUUUCGGGAUAUCGCUAAAGGAAAAUCCAAGGAUUCCAGCUCAGGAGGAAGUAUCACAUUGAUUAAUCAGCGCCCAGUUGGAGAGGAUUUGACGGACUUUUCAUCUAUCAACAGUAAGGUUAGUUUGCAGAAGAAAAUGGGCAUGCAUGUCACAAAUUCUUGUGUUAUUGACACUAAUGAAAAUGGGGCUGAAAAUACAAAGCUUAAUGAAAACAAGAGCAGUCAAAAUAAUCGGGGGAGUAAUCAUAAUUUAAAUGAUAACAACCAAGGAAGUGGUGAGGUAAAUCCUUUUGAAGAAGAUGAAUGGGAUGAUGGUAGUGAAGCUUUAGUUGAUAAUGGUGAACCCGGAAUACCAGUGCGGGCUCUGUAUGACUAUGAAGGAGCUGAAAGUGAUGAACUUUCUUUUAAACAAGGUGAAACGUUUGAAAAAUUGGAGGAUGAAGAUGAACAAGGGUGGUGUAAAGGGAGAAAAGGAGGUAGAGUAGGUUUAUAUCCUGCCAAUUAUGUCGAACCUGUAGCAUAAAAUUCUACUUGUCAAUAAAUUUUUCUUUUGUAUCAUUUAUUUUGUUCAGUAUUCUUAAUAAAUCCCAAUUUUCGUGUAAAUAUUGUAAGAUUGAAAACAGUUGAUUUAUAAAUUGUUAUUGACCAUUAAUGGGGAUAUAUAUUUGUGAAAUAACUUAUUUGUGUUUCUUUAAUCAAAUGUCUAUUAAUUUUAUUUUAUUGUUAUAUUUUACAAGUUUAAAUGUUAGUUGUGCUUUAUUAAAUGUUAAUUUAUCUGAAGUGGCCAAUUACAAAUAUUGAUUGAAGUUUAGCCAACAGUUUUGUUUAUGCUUCUUAAAUAGAUUUUUACUACUGUUACACUUAUCAAGUUAAGUAGUUUAUUAUUGUUAUACAUAAAACUGCCAUUUUGCUUCUUUUUUGUUCAUGUAAAAAAAUAUUGUAGAAUGUAAACAUCUUUCAUUAUCCAAUUGUUGUUUAAUGGUCGAUUUUAACUAAUG